UUACCGCAUGAACACAUUUAUAAUUGUCCAUGUGCACUUAUUUGAUUUUAGUUUUUUAGAUUGGAACCCACGUGUGUGUGUGUGUGUGUAUAUUUAUGUACUUUAUAGUCUGUUUAGUGUAAGAUUGUUGCUAAGCCAACCAUAGCAUCCAAGCUAGCCACUGACGAAGGAGAUGAGUUGGCUUGAAGUAAUGUAAUGAAUGCAGCGUAACGGACGAAAUGUACUUUACUAAAGGCAGCGUGUGUAGGACCACUGGUAAGCAUGUCAAUGCGAUGUGAAGGUAUUUGCAUGUUUUACAGCUGUUGUGGUGGAAGAAGAUGCAGAGAAAUAGCAGAUCAAGAAUUCGCAGCUUGCAAGUGUUUGACACCGAGUUGAACGCUGACACCGUGGAAUGGUGUCCUGUCUCCCCCCAUCACAGCAUCCUAGCCUGCGGGACAUAUCAGCUGCAAACACAAAAAGAGGAAGAAGAUGUCCCUCCAAGGCGUACAGGUCGUUUGUAUCUUUUCAAAUAUCAAGCCGAAGCUUUGAGGAGUCCUCUCACGGAGAUACAGAGGAUAGACACACCUGCCAUUCUUGAUAUGAAAUGGUGUCAUGUACCUGCGUCAGGAAAGGUGGUGUUGGGUCUGGCAACAUCCACCGGAGAACUACAACUACACACCCUCUCUGACAGCCAGGAAGGCAGCAGCAGUCUGCAGAAGCUGAGCAGCAUGGAGGUGGGGGCCGACCGACUCCUACUGUCAUUAGAUUGGUCCACCGGGAGAAUGGACAGCAGUGACGUGCAGGCGGUGUGCAGCGACUCCGCAGGAAGUGUCAGCGUGCUUUCCUGGGAUGAAGGUGCCCUGAAGACUUCGUCACAGUGGAAGGCCCACGACUUUGAAGCUUGGAUCUCAGCCUUCUCUUACUGGGACACGCACAUGCUUUACUCGGGUGGUGAUGACUGCAAGCUUAAAGGCUGGGAUCUCAGGAUGGGACCCUCCAGCCCCACUUUCAUCAGUAAAAGACAUUCAAUGGGUGUGUGCAGCAUUCACAGCAACCCUCACCGACAACACAUCCUUGCCACUGGCAGUUAUGAUGAGAAAGUCCUGUUGUGGGAUGAAAGGAACAUGCGUCAUCCUCUCAGUGAGACUUCUUUGGGUGGGGGCGUGUGGAGGCUGAAGUGGCAUCCCACUCAGCAGCACCUCCUGCUGGCAGCCUGCAUGCACAACCACUUCCGUAUCCUUGACUGUCAACACAGCACAGAGGCCAGUGGAGGAUCAUGUGCGGUGGUGGCCUCCUACAUCCUCCACAACUCCUUGGCUUAUGGAGCUGACUGGUCUCGGCUGACGUCCUCCCCUGCCCCCACACAAGCAAAGGAAAGCCUCACAGAGGUGGGAGGCCAUCUGAAGAUCCAGUACGAGUCUCCCACCGCCAGUGUGGACACCUGCCUGGAGGACGACAGUGGACAAUACAUCCCAGAGGACAUUACGGCAUCAUCUACGGCAGGAGACGCCGUCCACCCAGAUCAUGAUGUGACUUCUUUUCUUGUAGCCACCUGCUCUUUCUACGAUCACGUGCUUCACCUGUGGAGGUGGGACUGGACUCCACCCGAUGCUUCCUCCUGAUGACACAAGUUCUAGCUUGCAACGUUAACUUACAGAUUUUAUGACACCAUGCGGAUUGUCGGCACAUAUCUACGAUAUCUAUAUCUAUGAUACUGUAUCUACAGUGCUGUGAAAUAGUAUUUGCCUCCUUCCUGAGUUCUUAUUUUGUUAUCACACAUUUAAAUAUGAGACAAAGAUAACCCAAGUCCACACAAAUGCACUUAGCCGGGUCCCCGCAGGUCCUGAAAAAGUCUUAAAUAUGACUGUUUUCAAGACCUUAUAAAAAGUCUUACAUUGUCUGGAAUGUCUUGAAUUUUUGAAAAGCGAGAUGUUCAAUUUCAUAUGGGACCUGAUGUAGACACAAAGACACGUAGCUAAGACAAAAACAGUAAGCUGGCAUUGUUCAUCCACAAACUGGAACUAUUAGUACGACGCUUAAACCAUUAAUAAACUACAAGAAAAAUAAUCAUUCACACUCUUAAAAGUCUUACUGUUUACUUGUCUGUUAAUUGUUUCACAUUCCUAAAAAUGGCAAAUGACAUGACGCCCACCUCAAAUAGAUUUUGGGCCUGUGUGAAACACUGCAGAAUUCUGCUGGAGGAAGUGUGGUGCUGUCCAGUUGAGGUGCUGCUAUUUGCCAUUUACUGUUUGAAAGGUUUCAAGGUGUUUGCAGCAGCAAGUCAGUCUUCUUGCACAGUAACACUUGCAGGCCCAAAACACAAACAAGACUGGCUCUACGGAACGCUUUCUGAUGUAAACGGGAAAGUAUUUUGUUGUUUCAGUCUUUCAUCCUUCUGGGUACCCUGAAACGUUAAAAAUCUGAUAACGCCACCCCGUGGACAAGCAAACCACUGCGUUGUAAGGAUGUUGACGUCUCUUGACCAGAAGUGACCGGUUGUAUUGAAUAUUGCUGCCUAAAAGCCAAUAUAAUAUAUUAAUAUUCGUAGUGGCAUUCUACUCUUUUGUCGUAUA